GACCGGCACGGCUCAGUGACACGCAGCUUUGGUUAAAGAGCGGGCGCACAGGAGGGGAGGAGACGGCGCGCGGGACAGGGAGGAAUGGCCUGUCCCCCUUAAACCAUCACAAGCCAUGGUUGCAGAAGGGCCACGCGCCUCCCAGUAGGAGAAUGACUCCGAUUCGUGACCCUCAGCGCGGGUGCAUGUCGAUGUAAGUGCGAGGCCGGCGAGCAGAGUGUGAGUGGGGGUUGGUGGUGAGGGGAGAUUCUGAUGCAAUCGGCCCGGAAAGGAGGAGGAGAGACAGGCGAGCGCGGACUGGGGCAGCCACGCCACUCCGCCUGAAGGUCGCCAGGAGCCUCCGCCCUUCACCUUCCUCGGAAAUCCGCCAGGCCACGCCAAGCUCCCUGCCCAGCCCUGACUGACGGGAGCCACCUUUUCCCGGCCUCCGCAGCCAGACCUUGACACAAAGGACAUCAAACUGCCGAGGGUAAAAACCCCGGAAGGGCGGACACAUCCACGUCGCCUUUCGCCACCUUUCCCUUUAUCUGCGGAGCUUGGCCCCCAGGGCAGUGAUGCAGCCAGCCAGGUCUCAGGGAGAGGGAACCCAGAAGCCUGGCAUGCUGGCAAAAGGAGACAAGGAAACUUUUCUUUUGAGCUAUUUACAGCUUGUAGCAAUUAUGUAAAGUAUAUUCCUCUGAACAAAAUUUGGAGCAUGUUUGUUUCUCUCUACCUGAUUUCUCCAGAAUCUGGAAACUAUCUAUAUUUAUUGAGUGUCUACUGUGUGCCAGGCACUAUAUCUAUGUGCAUAGAAAAACCCUGGAAGGCCAUACAACAAUAUAUAGAGAGAGUGAUCGUCUCUGCUUGCUGAGAUAACAGGGGUGUCAAGCUUCCAUUUUUGGUAUCUACUUCUAAAUACACUCAGAACAGGAGAAAUUUGGACUAAUUUUCAAACUACAGAUACUUUCUAACCAUGAUGCAUUUCAAAAGUGGACUCGAAUUAACUGAGUUGCAAAACAUGACAGUACCUGAAGAUGAUAACAUUAGCAAUGAUUCCAAUGAUUUCACUGAAGUAGAAAAUGGUCAGAUAAAUAGCAAGUUUAUUUCUGAUCGUGAAAGUAGAAGAAGUCUCACAAACAGCCAUUUGGAAAAAAAGAAAUGUGAUGACUAUAUUCCAGGUACAACCUCGUUAGGCAUGUCUGUUUUUAACCUAAGCAACGCCAUUAUGGGCAGUGGGAUUUUGGGACUCGCCUUUGCCCUCGCAAACACUGGAAUCCUACUUUUUCUGGUUCUUUUGACUUCAGUGACAUUGCUGUCUAUAUAUUCAAUAAACCUCCUACUGAUCUGUUCAAAAGAAACAGGCUGCAUGGUAUAUGAAAAGCUCGGGGAACAAGUCUUUGGCACCACCGGGAAGUUCGUAAUCUUUGGAGCCACCUCUCUACAGAACACUGGAGCAAUGCUGAGCUACCUCUUCAUCGUAAAAAACGAACUACCCUCUGCCAUAAAGUUUCUCAUGGGAAAGGAAGAGACAUUUUCAGCCUGGUACGUGGAUGGCCGAGUUCUGGUGGUGAUAGUUACCUUUGGCAUAAUUCUCCCUCUGUGUCUCUUGAAGAACUUAGGGUAUCUUGGCUAUACUAGUGGAUUUUCCUUGAGCUGUAUGGUUUUUUUCCUAAUAGUGGUUAUUUACAAGAAAUUUCAAAUUCCCUGCAUUGUUCCAGAGCUAAAUUCAACAAUAAGUGCUAAUUCAACAAAUGCUGACAUGUGUACGCCAAAAUAUGUUACCUUCAAUUCAAAGACCGUGUAUGCUUUACCAACCAUUGCAUUUGCAUUUGUCUGCCACCCAUCAGUCCUGCCAAUUUACAGUGAGCUUAAAGACCGAUCACAGAAAAAAAUGCAGAUGGUUUCAAACAUCUCCUUUUUCGCCAUGUUUGUUAUGUACUUCCUGACUGCCAUUUUUGGCUACUUGACAUUCUAUGACAACGUGCAGUCAGACCUCCUUCACAAGUAUCAGAGUAAAGAUGACAUUCUUAUCCUGACAGUGCGGCUGGCUGUCAUUGUUGCUGUGAUCCUCACAGUGCCGGUGUUAUUUUUCACGGUUCGUUCAUCUUUAUUUGAACUGGCUAAGAAAACAAAGUUUAAUUUAUGUCGUCAUAUCGUGGUUACCUGCAUACUCUUGGUUGUUAUCAACUUGUUGGUGAUCUUCAUACCCUCCAUGAAGGAUAUUUUUGGAGUCGUAGGAGUUACAUCUGCUAACAUGCUUAUUUUCAUUCUUCCUUCAUCUCUUUAUUUAAAAAUCACAGACCAGGAUGGAGAUAAAGGAACUCAAAGAAUUUGGCUCUUUCUCCUCCUCCAGUUUCCAGUCCAGCCCUGUUGGCUCUCAGAAUGCAUCAUCCUUCUCCCUGCAGCGCUCUCACUGAACAUGCUCAAGCACAAGGAACAUGUAAUCUUGUGUUCUCUGGAUUCUGGAUUUAGUAAUCUGUAUUAGUCUGUUCUCACACUGCUAAUAAAGAAAUACCCGAGAUUGCUUCCAAGAUAGCCAAAUAGGAACAGCUCCAGUCUGCAGCUCCCAGCAAGAUUGUAGAAGAUGAGUGAUUUCUGCAUUUCCAACUGAGGUACCUGGUUCAUCUCAUUGGGACUGGUUGGACAGUGGGUACAGCCCACGGAGGGCAAACUGAAGCAGGGUGGGGCAUCGCCUCACCCAGGAAGCACAAGGGGUCAGCGGAUUUCCCUUUCUUAGCCAAGGGAAGCCAUGACAGACUAUACGUGGAGAAACGGUACACUCCUGACCAAAUAUUGCACUUUUCCCACAGUCUUAGCAACCAGCAGACCAGGAAAUACCCUCCCAUGUCUGGCUCAGUGGGUCCCAUGCCCGUGAAGCCUUACUCACUGCUAGCGCAACAGUCUGAGAUCGACCUGCGAGGCUGCAGCUUGAUCCAGGGGGAAAUCCACCAUUCCUGAGGCUUGAGUAGCUCACAGUGUAAACAAAGAGGCCGAGAAGCAUGAGCUGGAUGGAGCCCACUGCUGCUCAUCAAGGCCUACUGCCUCUAUAGAGUCCACCUCUGGGGACAGAGCAGAGCAGAAAAAAAGGCAGCAGCUUCUGCAGACUUAAAUGUCCCUGUCUGACAGCUCUGAAGAGAGCAGUGGUUCUCUUGGCACGGCAUUUGAGCUCCAAGAACAGACAGACUGCUGCCGCAAGUAGGUACCUGACUGGGAAACACCUCCCAGCAGGGGCUGACUGACACCUCACACACACAGGUGCCCCACUGGGAUGAAGCUUCCAGAGGAAGGAUCAGGCAGCAAUAUUUGCUGUUUUGCAGCCUUUGCUGGUGAUACCCAGGCAAACAGGUUCUGGAGUGCACCUCCAGCAAACCCCAAAAAAUCUGCAGCUGAGGGGUCUAUUAGAAGGAAAACUAACAAAGAGAAAGGAAUAGCAUCAACAUCAACAAAAAGGUCAUCCACACCAAAGCCCCAUCUACAGGUCACCAACAUCAAAGACCAAAGGUAGAUAAAACCGCAAAGUUGAAGAGAAACCAGAGCAGAAAAGCUGAAAAUUCCAAAAAGCAGAGCACCUCUUCUCCUCCAAAGGAUCGCAGUUCCUCACCAAUAAGGGAACAAUACUGAAUGAAGAAUGAGUUUGACGAGUUGACAGAAGUAGGCUUCAGAAAGUCGGUAAUAACAAACUUCUCCAAGCUAAAGGAGG